AAAUCAAAGCUGCGCAUAUUUCAAAUAGAAAAGGUCAUUAAUAAAGAGGGUUUCUGUAUGCAACUGUUAAUUUGCUUCUAUGCUUGUUGUUGUACUUCUCUCACGAUAAACCUGAAGAAAGGAUACCAUAGAGUUCCACGUGUACAACAACGACAACAACAGCAACUGUAGGGACACGUGUAGUGCUGCGAGUUGUUUACGACAACAAGCCCUUCAUCUGCCAGUAAUUUCAAAUCAACGUCGUGGAGGUCUGCCUCUAUUGUCUCUGUCCAACCGAGGAACCACGACACAAACGUAUAAGAUUUUUGAAUCUACUCGCCGUCGCGUCUUUGUGUUUUCCGAGAACUUCUUUACCGCGACGCGCGAGCCGUCGAUUCAUCUCCGGAGACGACCUUCAUUUGUUCACGGUGGAAGUUGUAGCAGCAGCUUCCUUGGACUUGGAGGCAUAGUUGCGUCCACCGAUACUAGCUCAAAAAUCCGGUAACAUCAUCAACUUCUACCCCUUCCGCGUGCAGUACCAUUGUCUUGUGCCACUUCGUACAACUACCAAGAAAGAAGGUCGGUGGAUAAAAAAAGCGAAGAUUUUGAUUUUUCCUUUCUUCGUCUGUAACUACUACAGAAAGAAUCGCGGGAAGAGGUAGAUUUUAUUCGGAGAAAGAAACCCACGGCGCCAACAAGGGCUUUUAUUUCAUCCGCCGCGCAGGCAGAUACAGCAGUUGCCAGCAGAACCACCCGCUGUACAAGCACAUCCUUUAACAGCGAAAGAACAAAAAAAUGGCACUCCACAUCGACACCGGGAGUAAUUCCCCGUCUGAGGGGGGCCGCGAGGAGCCCCCCACUCCAAAUUCCGCUCCGACCACCAGCACGGUUGGAAUUCCCGGACGGGGUCGAUCGGAGCUCGACCUCUUAAACGAGCGCCUCCACGCCCCGGGCCUCGGGUGGACGGAGCGAGCCAGGAUUAUGGCGGACAUCAAGCGACUUUCCGCGACCAAGCGCGAGGCGGGAACGAAAAAAGUGGACAGGACGUUGCUCCGCCCGGUGGUCGCGAACAGCGCGUCUUCUUCUUCUAAAGGAAGUAAAUCAAGCGGCAAAGCCAAGGGGAAACAAGCGAAGGCCCCGGCAGGAAAAAGCUCAUCUUCAUCAUCUGGGGGUACUAGCAAGACCUCGAGUGGCGAAAAGGAUAAGGGAAAAGGCAAGGGAUCUUCGGAUAUCCCCUGGUAUGACCAACCGAAGUAUAAAAACGACCCGAAGUUCCGGCAACAGGCAAUGGACGCGAAAAAAAAGGCGGAGCGCGUCCAAAUUCGGGAGGAACUGAUAUGACAGUGCACAACCCCCCCUACUUCCCCUCAUUUGUCAUGCAAAAUCCCGAAUCGAGUCGCUCCCUUGUGGCACAACUGUUCACAUGACGAAUUCCCGAAGCCCAAACAGUUGUACUACACUCGGUACAUAGAUUUGUCAUGCAUAGGCUCCAUGUGCACUGGUGUUUAUGUUGCUGUGCAUGCCAUACAAAUGAGGGGCAGGGGGAAUUGUGCACUUUUAUAACUAAAAAGAGGAAAGCCCAACCCGAACCAGCGGUCGUUGAAUGAAACAGGUAAACCGAAGGUGGACGAGGACGGGAACAAGAUUAAAUCCGCGCGGGAAAUCCAAGCCGAGAAAAUGAAGAUGAUAUCCAAAUUAGUCGCCUUCGGCAAGCGGCCCGCGGACCCUAACGCGCUCGCGGAAGCGCAAAGAGCGUUGCAGGAAGCCGGAACAAACAACAGGCAGCCCGCGGCGGCACCGACUCCGGCUCCUGAGGCUGCUGCGGCUGAACCCACGCCCACUCCCGCCGCGGCAAGGACCACGAGUAGAGGAACCGCUCCGAGAAGAUUACCCGCUGUGGACGAAGACGACGACGACGAUGGAUGGGGGAAUAGGAAUUCCACCAAGAAGUCUUCCUCCUGGAAAAGCAGAAAUAAGGACAGCGAUGACGAUUGGGAUAACUGGGGUAAGAAGAACAGCAGCUCGAAAAAAAACGACGACUGGUCAUCUUCGUGGAAAGACAACAAGGGUACUAGUUGGGAUAAUGACAAGAAAUGGGAUAUUCCAAUGAAAAACGCCCCCGCCCCAGAACUUGGCAACAUUUGUAUUGCAAAUCUUUCCAAUAGAAACAUUCCCCGUCUUGCAUAUAUCAGCAUCGCAAAUUUUCCAUGCUGAAUUUAUACAUAGCUCAAAUCUGUGUUGCAAAGGAGCCCAACAGUAGCCGGGCCUGUUAUGCAAAAGAUACCUUGUUGCGCAGCUAAAUUCUGCAUCAGAAAGGCUCGUAGUCCCUUCUUGCAAGACAAAAAGCUUUCACUUGGAAACUUUGCAUGAGAAGCUUUUGCAAUGCCCGGCGUGGAGGCAUUUUUCAUUGUAAUAUGGAACAGCGACCGAAAAAGCGAAAGGAGCUCGUCUUCUUCAUCCUGGAAUAAUGACUGGGGAUCGUCUUGGAAAAAUAAGGAGGACAAAAGCGAUAAAAAUUCAUCUUGGAACUACGACAACAACAAAAAUAUGACCAGCAGCAGUAGCAGUAGUCGAAAUUACAACACAUCCUCUUCUACGCCCUCGAACCAACCUUAUCGCAAGAAAAAACUAUUUCACUGUGAACCUGUGAUGCAGAGAGCGAACCACCAGAGUGUUUGUCUUGCUACACCUGCAACAAAACGGAUUUUUAGGCGUGUUUUCCCUUGGGAAACGCGCAUGACAAAUUUUCUGUGGUAGGUGUAGCAAACUUGUGAUGCAGAUCUUGCAAAACCAUCACGAUCACAGUGAAACAGUUUUUUCUUGCGAUAAACCUUCCUCUUCGUCUAAUACCGAUUGGGGCUCGGAGUGGAAGGAGCGGAGGGAUGCUUACAAUCUGGAUCCAACACCACGAGGUUCCUCUAGCAGUAAAAACCACAUAAAAACAUCCUCUUCUUCCUACGCCAAGGAUCACUUCGGUCUGAAUGACUCCGACGAGGAUGAAGAUGAGGAAGACAUCCUAAACAUGACAGGAGCUCCUGCAAACCGGGGUUGGGGAAGUUAUCAAAUGCAAAAAUGUCUGGAUCUGGAAGAAUGCAAACUUGUGAUGCGCAUUUCAGAACACAGAAAAAUCUCUCAUGCAUAGGCAGCAAAAGCUCUCCACUUUCUGUCACCAAAAUGGGGGAUUUGUCAUGCGGAUUCGGCAUUGCGAAAGCUUCUCGAAACCUGUGAUGCUAGAGCUUCCAUUCCAGCCCUUCUGUGUCAUGCAAAAACAGCAUGACUCUUCCAGACCCAGACGUUUUUACAUUUGAUAGAAGUGCAAAGAGCACGAAAUCCACGGCGGCAGCGAGCGAGGAUCAUCACGUGACAAGUAGUGCUGCACAAUCUGCCGCGCAUCAUCCGAAGGGCGACGCAACUUCCACUGACGACGAAGACGAUAAGAUGGAGUUUAUGGAGUUUCUCACAAGGGAGCUGGCUACUAAAGGAGCAACUAUGCAUUGCAAAAGCAUCGUACGAGUAUAAAUUGCAAUACAAAUUGGCUCAGGAUUACAAAUUGAAUUUGUAAAGGCGGACUUACCUUAACAAAGUAGAUUUGUGAUGCAUAAUCGCGAUUACUACGAGCACGAUACUUUUGAACAGGAUAGCCACCAAGGAGCAGCAAGAAAUGCUGAUGUCGAUGGCAAAAGCCGCAAAGGAAAAGUGGAACGAAAUGAACAAGAUGGAGAAGGAAGCAAAGCUAUGCAUGGCAAAAGUCUACUCGUCGGACUCGUACUAUACUCGUGCUAAUACCGCAUGAGAAAUACCCGUCCAAACCUAAAACAGCAUUACAAAUUUUCUUGUAAAAGAAUUGUCAUGCGAUUUGCACAACUACUAGUCCGACUAGAACCCAUUUGCCCCAUGUGCAUAAACGCAAAGGGAGGAAAAGGAGGAGGAGGAAGAGAGACAGGCCUUGGAAGAGCAGGAACGAGCAGCAGAUCAUCCCGAAGGUCAAGGAGAACAGGAGAAUAAUAUCAAUCCUCUCUACAUCUACAGCUUCAACAACGCGCCCGGAGGGAACAACAAUUCUUUGCUUUCCGGCUCUUUGACCGACACUGGUGGCGUUGUGCAGGAGUUGGGUGACGGGUGUGCGGUGGUGAUACCGGCUUCGGAACUGAGCGGAAGUGUUGCGCCUGAGUACACAGAGGAGGAAUGGGCCCAAUGGAACGCGGAGCAGAUUCAGUUGCAGGAGUAUAAUGAUGACCAGGACGAGGGAAAAGGCGAACAAGCGGUUCUGGAAGACGGAGAAGUUGAACAAGAUCAAGACGGACAAGAAGCUGGGUUCGAGCUUGAAGAGUCCGACCUGGAAAAACUCGCGCAAAUCGAACUUCAAAUCGCGCAGGAGCAGUCCAUUAACGACCAGUUCGAAAAAGAGGACAAGGACAUUGCGAUUGCCGCCUCGGUAUCCUGUGCAAAAGUAUCGUACUCGUAGUAUAUCGCAAUCGUGCAUUACAAAUUUCCAUCCGAAGGUAAAACAGCAUGACAAAUUCCAUUUGUCAUGAUGACUGAAUUUGUAAUGCGAUUUCUACUAGUACGAUGCUUUUGCAAUGCAUACUCGGAAAGUCUGUUAUCCAGCCCGGACGUGAACUACAACCUCCCCGGCAUCGACGACCUCGCGCGGGAACGAGGGGAGGAUUUUGAUGCGGACAAAAACAGCAGUUCCGCCUACAAUUACGGCUGGAACGUGGAAGCGUCUCGGUCUAUUCCAGAGAAAAAGACCCAUCCUCAUCCAAUUUGUCAUGCAAAACCUGCAUAAAGUAUCCUGUGUUUGUCAUGCAAAAAAUGCAUGGGGAUGGUUUUUUUCUGUUGGAUACGCUCGUCUGGCGGGGACAUCACGGCUUCCCAUCACGGCUUCCCAUCUCGCUCUAUUCCGAGCGUAUCCCCCAUCACGGCUAAUUCAUCGUUGGAAACCGUGGUGAAGGAAGCGGAAAUUGUUGCCGAGGAAGUUGUACGCAUUGCAAAUAUGUCUGGGUCCGGAAGAUGUCAUGCUGUUUUUGCAUGACACUGUGUCAUGCAAAAACAGCUAGACCUCCUGUGUCACACAGGAGGUCUAGCAUGGAAGCCCUGGCAUCACAGGCUUCGAGAAGGCUCUGCAAUGGCUAAUCCGCAUGACAAAUUUCUCCCUUUUGGGACAGGAAGUGGGCAUCUUUUGCUGCCUAUCCAUGAGAGAUUUGUGUGUGUUGUGAAAUGCGCCUCACGACUUCACAUCCUUCCAGACCCCGACAUAUUUGCUGUUGAUAGGUUGCCACAGCAGUUGCAGUUGAAAAUGUUCUUGCUGAGCCAAACGUAGAAGAAGUGGGCGAGCAGCCGCAAGCCACAAUUGGAACUGGUUCCAUCGAGGAAAACGAAAAUCAAGAACACGGUGCGGAAAGCAGUGAUGCGAUUGCUGAGAACAAAGAGGAAACUUUCAUCAACGGCGGUGAUGUUACAGCGGAAGCCGAAGCACGACUCACGUACUUCUGUAGAAGCAGAGCUGCGCCGGAAAUCACGACUUCUGUAGAAGAUGAAUGGAUCAUGGGGCAGGAAGAUGAGAAAGUUGUGGGGAAGGAACAAUCCUCAGCGGUAUAUAAGUACUUGUGGUUUCUUUGGUACAUCAGUAUUCUGUUCGUUUUUUUGCGGCGGACGUGCGGCAUGAGCAUAUAAGUCUCGCAAUAAUUCAUCAAAUGCAAUAUAUGCAUGACAGAUUCAAAAUAAAAACAACACAGGAAAGUUCCAUCUCUUCUUUAUCCCAGAACGCUUCGCCGGAUUUGAUCAACCAAAAAACUUAUCCUGUGCAAAAGUAUCGUACUCGUACUAAUUGCGUUUAUGCAUUACAAAUCUUUUUCUUAAGGCAAAUCCGCAUUACAAAUUCAAUUUGUAAUGCGAAGUCAAUUUGUAAUGCAAUUUAUACUAGUACGAUGCAAUGCUUUUGCAUUGCAUAAAACUCCGGAAGUAGAUGAAGUUGCGGCACAAGAAGAAGCCACGGAAGCAGUUCCGGUAGCGGAAAUAAAGGCCGACGCUGAAAUUGUCGAGGAAGAGGGUUUGAAGGAAGAGCACUCCACCGAAACCGUCGAAGCGGCAAUUGAUGCCGCAGCGGCUGCUGCUGCUGCUGCCGCGGAUGAACUAGUUACGGCCGACGCCGAGCAGGAAGUUGUCAACAACAAUUUGGAUGAAGACGGAGCAGCUCCUGCAAACAAUAGUACUACAACAAACGGAAUUUUUUCAAAACCCAAGGAAACGACGAAAAAUGAAGUAGAGCAUAAUGUUCAGGAAGACGAGCAGAAAGAAACCGAAGCGGAAAUCCCCUCUCCAGCACCACAGCAGCAAUUGUCAGCAGGAUUUGGCCUUUUCAAUUUGAAACCGAAAACGGCUCGCAGGACGAAAGCUAGUAAGGACAAAGAGAUGAUGAAAGAGCAAGAACCGCAAGCAGUCCUUGCUGUUCCGGAUGAAAACCAGUCGGAGGAACCGAUAAUUCAUCUUGCAGCUCCGGAAAUUAUCGCGGGGGCCACCGACGAUGAUGACCAAAAUGCAGCUGACCAGACCACGGAAGAAGUUAUCAAAAAUAUGGAGAUGUUGAACAUUGUUACAACGACGACCAUAUCCUGUGCAAAAGUAUCGUACUCGUAUUGCAAUCAUGCAUUACAAAUUUUUUUCUGAAAGCAAAUCCGCAUUACAAAUUUCAUUUCUCACGCUGAGGAAAUUUCUUGCAAUGCAUUUAUACGAAUACGAUACUUUUGCAACUCAUAGACCACACCUACACCAGGUAUUUCGCCAGACCAAGAUUUGUUGGAAUUUAGUCCGGUGAAGCAGACGACAAAACUCGAACUGCCCUUAACGACCGACGAUGUACUACAUGAAGAACUACAGACAGCUUCUGACGCCAGGCCAAAGGAGCAAAGGUUAAUUAUCGAAUCCACUCCAGUUGCCAACACCAGUGGUAUUGAGAACGACAUUAUUUUUGCAGAAAUUGAGGCAGAAAUUAUAAACCACGACGAGCAGCUGCAGCAGCAAGUCUUAUCCGCCACCACCGGUGCGGAAACGACAACCUCGCAAAAAUCCAACACGAGCAUAAACAUCACCGAAAUGCGCACGAAAGCGGGGAGUUUUAUGGUGGACGAGGGGGAUGAUAACGCCGCGAAACAGGUAGAAACCGACUGGACCGGGGCCUACAAAACCAAAAUCAACCCGAACACCGCGGCGAGUUUGCCAGGCGACUGGCACAAAACGGCGAUUGGCAAGGCGAUCGAUAAGUGUGGGAGCCCCGGGACUCCGAUGUCGCCAGACGCACAAGAAUUCAUCCCGGCCUGGCGAAAGGACGGAAAGGUGGACUUCAAGGCACAGGUAGUGUGAUUCAUAUUGAAGUUGAAGAUGAUAAAACUCACGCUAUGGCUAUGAUUGUGAUCUGCAUGAAAAAUUAUCGCAUUGAGUUUCAGCACCAAAUCCAAAUUGCGAAUGACAAAGUAGCUCCUCAUCUACUUCCUACAGCUCGCCUCGCAGCUCUCCGCGUCUAGCAGUAGUGCGACAAGCUCUGCCAGUUCCUCCAACGGCGCGGCCAAUGGAACCCGGGGCGGUGUCGGGGCGGUCGCGUUGCGAGGGUUGAUUAACGAGAAGAUGAAGGGUGAGCAGAAAGGUGCUGCAGGUCCACACAGCCAAAGCGGUAAGAAGAUAGGGACCACGAACCAAGCUUCGCAGCACACUACUAUGCCGAGUCCCGAGCAGCAGGCUGCGUUUCAGCAACAAAUGCAGUACCAGCAGCAAAUGCAGGUCCAACAGCACCAGCAAAUGGCCAUGCAGCAAGCAGCUAUGGCGCAGAAGGGAAUGGCCGCGAUGGGCGCAGCGGGCAUGUAUCUUACGGCAGGGAAGAAAAUCGCAGUUCAUCGCGGAAAUAUUAAUGCGGAUAUUUUCAUGGCCAUGAACUUUUUUUGGCAUGAGAACGACGUUCACGUUUUUCUUUUCACAUGCACAGACCCCCGUUCCUUGUUGCAUGACAAUUUUCUUACUUGGUGGACGAGCUGCAUUAGUACAUGUCUAAAAUGAAAUUAUAAUUUUCCGGAGGACUGGUCUUCUCUCUUGGAAUAAAACCGGCUUCUGGCCCGGAAAAGGAGCGGUCGUUAACCCCGCGGCCGUCGCCAUGCAGCAGCAGCAGUUUGCCGCACACCAGCACCAGCAAUACGCUGCUCAGCAGGCCGCCGGAACAAAGGGGGCGGUCCCCGGGAAGCCGUGGCACCCCGCGGCGCCGCCGAUCGGACCGGGAAACUACAAUUUCUGA